CGACACCACACUCGGGGCUUUACUCGUACUCUCAACCUAUCGACCAGGCAUCGCACCUCGCUCACAGCAAGCCCAUAAUCUACCCAACCAACCAGUUUCCCACCAAUGGCAGACGUCCGCUCCCUCCUCAAAGCUAAACGCGCCGAAGCCCGCAUCUCCCACCCCUACGCAUCCUACACAUCCGGGCCAACCCCCCAACUCAAAUGCACAAUCUGCCAAUCCAUAAUCAAACACGCCUCCGCAUGGGAGGGACACCUAGGGAGCAAAGCGCACCGACUAAACGUGGCGCGUAUCCGGCAGGAGGAGGAGGAGCGGGCGAGGAGGGAGCAUGAGGAAUUGGUUAGGGCGCAGAGAGAGCAGAUGGAGAGGGAGCAAGCGGAGAGGGAGGAACAGGAGAGGGAACAUGUCCCAACGAAACGCAAAGCCUCAGACGCACCACCCGACGCCCAGAAGAAACCAAAACUAAAAUCCGCACCAACCUCCUUCCCCGCCGACUUUUUCUCAGAUCCAAACCGCCAACUACCCUCUCUCGACCCAUCUUCCGACUCCGAGGACGAUGACGACAAUGACAACGCCCAAACCACGAACGACGCCAAUGCAAUGGCAGUCGACUCAACCCCAUCCCAACCAGGCCCAAAAACAGCAAUAGACGAAGAAUACGAAGCAUUCCAACGCGCCAUGCUCGCAGAACAACAAAAAGACGCAGCAGAAACAUUCGCGCAAGCUACAAUCGCAGCCGAAGCCGAAAUCUACACAGAGGAACAAAUCAGCGGCUUCCCCGGUGCUCGUUCUGGUGCGGAUGGUAGUGCGGACGCCGUAGGUGCUGCAGAACCAGAACCUCCAAUGACAGAAGAAGAGCUUGCAGAAGCAAAACGCAAAGCAAAGGAGCUCGAGGAACGCGAGUUGAUCAUGGACAGGUUAUUGGAAGAGGAACGGCUGCAGGAGGAAGCGGAUAUGCGGGUUGCUGCCAUGAAGAGUAGGAUUGAGGCGCUGAAGAAGAAGAGGGAAGCGAGGAAGGCUGAGAAAGGGAAGGGGAAGGAAGGCAAGGCCAAACAGAAGGAGGACGAUGAUAAGAUGCAGACGUGA